AUGGCUUUUUCUCUGAGAGAUGACCCUCGAGUUCCAGAUCGUUGGGAUCUGGACUCUCCUGCCUUGUCCACUUGCAGCAAUGCGGAUAUUUUCCGCCGUAUGAACACCAUGCUUGGCAAUGCAUUGGAUUUCACCGGUGUCUGCACCACACCCAACAUCAAGGGGAAGCGAGGCCCGCAGUGUGAACGCAAAGACUCGGAGCUGGCUGCGGUGGGAAGCAGGAUGCUCUUCCCCAGCUGCAGUGGCAGCAGCGGCAUGUCAAUCUCCCAGGAGAUGUCGUCGUCCAGGGGCCUACAGGAUGUCACCGACCUAGGCCUGGGCCUCCAGUCUCUAAGUUUGUCUGGUUGGGAUCGCCCCUGGAGCAUCCAGGAUAAUGAUACACACAUUACUACUUCCCAGACUCAAACUAGCUCACCCUCCAUGCGAGGGAUAUUGAACAGCCCUCUGGGUAACCUCCUGGGAAAACCCCCAGCUUACCUGCCUGAGCCCAUGAGCACAACUGCUGACUUCCUGGAAAAGUUCCCUGUUAUGGCACGCAUGGCAAACCGACUAGACUCGCGCUCUUUCCUGGACUCGCGCUCCAGCAGUCCUGUGGACUCGGAGACCAGUGGCUUUAGUUCUGGCUCAGACCACAUCUCUGACUUGCUGUCAACCCUGAGGAUCUCCCCUCCCCUGCCUUACAUAAUGUCCAACAUACAGAAGGAGCCACUGCGACUUCAGUCUCGCCUGGACAACCACGACAGCAACUCUCCUCUGACCCCACCACCCAGCGCCAGCCCUGCCUCCUCAGCCAUUUCCCGUCGCUGGCCUGCUAGCUCCCUGUGGCCUGGUCUGGACUUGCUUGACCAGCCUGAUGAUACCUUUAGCAUAGAGAGGGAGGCCCGCCUGCAUAGACAGGCUGCUUCUGUGAAUGAUGCCACAUUUACCUGGAGAGGGGAGCUGCCACAAAGAAACAACAAGAAUCCUCUGUACUCCUGCAAGGUCUUUCUUGGAGGAGUGCCCUGGGACAUCACUGAGGCUGGCCUGAUCAGCACAUUCAGUGGCUAUGGCCCUCUAAGUGUGGAGUGGCCGGGUAAGGAUGGCAAGCACCCUCGUUGCCCUCCUAAAGGUAAUAUACCCAAAGGCUAUGUUUACCUGGUAUUUGAAAAUGAGAAGUCUGUGCGAGGGCUGCUCCAUGCCUGCGCUCAAGACCUACUGCAACCUGAGGACACUAGGGAGUACUACUUGAAGAUGUCCAGCCGCAGGAUGCGAUGCAAAGAUGUGCAGGUUAUCCCCUGGGUGAUCUCUGAUAGUAACUAUGUGCGCUGCCCCUCUCAGCGUCUGGACCCCAGCAAAACUGUCUUUGUGGGUGCGCUGCAUGGCAUGCUAAAUGCUGAGGCCCUGGCAAAUGUCAUGAAUGACUUAUUUGGAGGGGUCAUGUAUGCUGGCAUUGACACGGACAAGCACAAGUAUCCCAUUGGCUCUGGACGUGUCACCUUCAACAAUCAGCGCAGUUACCUGAAGGCGGUGUGUGCUGCAUUUGUAGAGAUCAAGACCCCCAAGUUUACAAAGAAGGUUCAGAUUGACCCAUACCUGGAAGAUGCUCUAUGCCAAGUUUGCAAUCGCCAAGCUGGGCCUUUCUUCUGCAGAGACCAGGCAUGCUUCAAGUACUUUUGCCGUUCCUGCUGGCACUGGCAACACUCCAUGGAGGUCUUCAUUACCCACCGGCCCCUUAUGCGCAACCAGAAGAACAGGGAUUCCAGCUAGAGCUGAUGGGCCUGAGUAACCGGAGAAGGGCCAAGAGUAAUGGCCCCACACUAAAGGGUGAGGUUGCCCGCCGAGCAGAGCACGAGUGCCAGACAGCCUUCACACUGAGGCACCAUGGCACUCCCACCAGGCACUGGGGAAUAACUAGAAAAUGUUCACUAUUGCACUUGCUACAUUUUUGCUGUUUACUUGUUCAGUGGCACUAUGCACAGUGACCUUGUUAGGUUAGACAAGGGGUCCCUCGCACUUAUGCAGUUUCCCAGACUUGUGGCCAGACAGAUGGGAGUCAGCCCAGGGUUUAGAAAUAGAUAACUUUUUGUUGUUGUUGCAUAUUAAAGAAAUCACGCAAGUUUCAUUGGCAAAUGCCAUACAGUGCCUUUACAUUUUUUUUCCCCUUCAUUCCAGUUGGCAUGUUAAUUUUUUUUCCUGUGCAAGCCAACGGUUUUUGUUUUUUUUUUUAAUUUGGAAGAUAACAAAUAGGCUUCAUUUAAUCGGUCGCAUUUCAGACAUUUUUACGCAGUUUUUUACUAACUUGUACACAAACGGUUUUAAGUCACAACAUAAAUUUUGAACAGAAUUCUGCCAAGUGGCUUUUUAAUUAUUUUUCUCCCCCUCCCCCGUUUUGCUACUCGGCCACAAUGCAAUUCUCUGUGGCUGUUGGUGUUUCCUUUGCCAUCACAUAGUUCUCCUGAAUUGGCACAAAAUGUUAUGACUUUGCUUGCCCUUGUUGGUUCAGUUCAUUUUGCCUUGUUGAUCCAGUGUAUAAGUGUUAACAUUACUGGAUGUGGCAUUGAUCUAGUAUAAAGUGUAACAACAUUACUGGACAUGGCUUUAAUACACCCCCCUCCCCCCCCCAAAAAAAAUUUUUUUGGAUCUUAUCAAGACUGAACAUGACAUUGUGAUUGUAAAUAGUUUGAGUGUUGCACUUUUUAAUUUGCACUUGAGGGGUCGCAGUGGUUUUUAAUCACUUUUUGUACAUCAGCAGAGGGACGGGUAUCGUCUCGGGCACGUGCCCUGAUUCCAACAGCUGCUUGUUUUCUGUUGAUUGUAAGAACUUCCCACUGUACUAGAGCUUGAGUAGACCCCUACCCCCGGCUCUUGCCCUGUCCCCAUGCCUUCCUGUUCCGUUGGACAGAUGUAUAAGCUGUGUGCCAAAGACAGUGUCAUGACGUUAACCAGUUUGUCUUGCUGAGCCUGUUGUCUAGCCCAGCUGCUUUUUAGAGUUUUCUAAGUCUACCUCAUUGUGGUCUGCCAUGUUUGCUGCUACGUACAGAUGGAGUAUGUUCAGAUUGGGCACAAUAAAGGUGUUGAAGCAUUAUUUAUUGUAUCUGGUCUCUUCAUUUGAACAUGCAAGCUGCAUUUAGGUUUUUUUUAAAGGAUUAACAUUUAGUUGCUUAACAGGACUUGCUGUGUUGGGAUCCUUGUUAAUCACGGGUAAACCAAAUGUCUGCAUGCCAGAACUGUUCAAUUAUUGAUGUAGCGGUAUAAGAACUAAUGACUGCAAAUUAGGUACUAGGAGCAUCUUCCCUGCUUUUUUUGCUUUUUAACCUUGGAGGGCUGAGCAAUGAGGUGCCCUGGGGAACGUAAUGCAUGUAUACACUGAGCCAAAACCUUAUGACCACGCGGUGGCAGCAAGCCAAGUAGGGCACUCCAGACAUGUGUAUGCAGUGUAACGCAAAGCACUUGUCCAACAAGAACGAGUCAACAUUUGCUUGGUUUGCCUGUGAAUAACAUGACAUUUUUGCAUUUGAGAGUUUUAAAUGGUGUAUUGACAAUUUUUCCAACAUGUCCUAGUUUGACCAUUAUACUCGAUACCCUGGUGUAUGGUUUGAGAUCUCAGGUCAUGUUUUGUCUUUCUGAUGCCGACAUUGCAAUGUGUCUGCACUGAAUAACCAAUUUAAAAUUGUCAGUCAAUACCAUUUUCAAAUGGUGACUGUUUGAUAGUGUUCA